CCAACAGAUCUGAUCCCCCCAUUUACUGCCCGUAAUUCAAUCAAAAGUGCCCGCAUCCACGCUGAAGAACAGAGGGGGAAGACGACCCACGAUGGGAUGGGAGUGGAGUGGAUAACGUGCCGUGCAGAUGCAGAGCGCAGUAUCAAAACAACAUUCCCCGUUGACGAUCGCCGAUCGGAAUCACGCGGCUCGACAAUGACCAGUCUCUGUGGCCUCUGGAGCUGGAAGCUCAAGCAAUCGUCUCUCCUCGGCCUCGGCCUCUGCCUCCUGCUGCUGAUCAGCGAUCUUGGCCGUGUGGCAGCCCAAAGAAGCACGGGCGGCAGGAAUGUUCUGCGACGCAACUACACGGGCAAGAAGCCCGUGGUCAUCCAGCACCUCUCCCAGGAUGCCGUCAGCUACUACGAUCAUGAGAAUGGUGCCAAGAUAAUAAAGUCCUCGCACUUCGAGCUGGACUACACGCUGGGACGCAAGAUCACCUUCUUCUGCAUGGCCCAAGGCAAUCCACGGCCCACCAUCACCUGGUUCAAGGAUGGAGCCGAGCUCUACCAGCAUCGCUUCUUUCAGGUGCACGAGUCUCACAUAGAGACGGAUAUUAUCAAAAGUAAAAUGGAAAUAGAUCCCACUACGCAGAUGGAUGCGGGCUACUACGAAUGUCAGGCGGAUAACAUCUAUGCCAUCGAUCGUCGGGGCUUUCGCACGGACUAUGUAAUGGUUAACUUUUAGCACCGUAAAGCAUUAAAAUGAAAUCUAAACUUUGAAUCCAGUUGAAUCCAGCUAAAGUUAAUAAACAAACAAAACAAAAAAUGUAUAAAAAUA